AUUAUAAUAAUUUAAACGUGUCGUAGAUUGAUUUGAAUUAAAUUUUGUCAGACAACGAGAUCUUGAAUUGACACGAAUAAAUAUUUACUCCGCCGUCCGUGACGACGCACCAUUUAAUUAAUUCAAUGACUUUUCUCUGUAAUUACAAGUGCGGGAUGCUCUCAUAAAGUUUUUAACGAAUCAACGAUUUCAAAAGCAGAUUCGGUUUAAGCACAGGCGCGUGUUACAACGUCAGUUUGAAAUUUGGAACUUCGAUUUCACAAAUCCGACUCCGAUAUUUAUCGAGAGAUCGAAGAAAUCGUGGAGUGAUUGCGAUAAGUUGUAAAUAUCAGGGAUCGAGAGAAAAAUCGAUUCAACUCUCGCGCAACGUGGUUAAAUAACACAAAAGUACCGAUUCGCCGAAUCGCAUCUUGGCCACAUACUCGUGCAAUCGUAAACGACACCCGUGCGAUGAAAUGUGCGAAUCGCGAAUGAUACGCGACGCCUUCGGUAUCGGGCAUUUGUUAAACGUAACUCGGUUGUGUGUCGAAGUUCGACGAUCAGCUGCCGCCACGCGUUAACCACGCGGCUGUCGAAUGAAGAUAAUAAGUAAGCUGUGACAAGCGAGCCGAGAGAGUUACGGUGAGAAACGGGCGUCGCGACGCUCAGACGUGCGACGCACCUUAAACCGCACGUACGUACGUGCCUCGUUACAUACGUGGAUACCUACCUUACCGGCCGACGAUUCUCAUUCACGGCACGUCCGUAUUUUCGAGGCCGUUUAUCGAACCGGCGAAAUCGUAUAAACUCAUCCACCGACAUAAUCCGGCAUCGAGGAAAUAGGCUGCAUAAUAUUUUACAAAGCUCGAUUUCGGGUGAGAUUCCAGAAUGUCAUCCUCUGGUAAGCAGCAGCUAACCAGCUCCGACAAGUUGCCGAGUGAAAAAAAUCCGGCGAUUAAUCCGAAGAGGAAUCAAGAUUCGACACCGAAGGCUGAUCCAAUUCCGGCUAAGGGAUCGGUAAACGUCGGUGAGAGGAAGCCCGAGGAAAGUUCCCCGCAAAACGUUGCGCCGGUGAAAAGCCUCGCUGCUACCAAGAAGAUUUCACCGCCGUCCAUCGAUCCGGAGGCUCAUCCACUGGUCCUAGCAACGCAUUUGGUUCCUUCAAUCCCCGUCGGUCUCUUCGAGGUUCUCGCCGAAGCCGUCGAAGCUGCAACUCGACGCCCUGUGAGCCUCGUAUACGAGUCUCGAUCCGACAGACCCGUCGCCAAGGAUAUCGUCGACCUGGCCAUUUUACCGGCGUACAGCGAUUGGAAAGAAGGCGAGCUUUUGCCAGUCACCUUCGUCUUCGCCCACCGAUUAAACGACGGUACGUCGGGUAACGUUUACGUCGACAUUGUCGUCGCCGCUGACCAUGGACCUUACGUCAAGAACAUCUUGGACCUCCGAGGUCACCGAUGCGCCCUGCCGGACCCUCGCCGACGAAGAGGCGCCGCGACGCUUCUUCUCAGCGACCUGCGUUCGAAGGGAGAGAGUCCAGCUUUCUUUGGAAAUACCCUGGAUUCCGGCUCGCAAAUAUCGACGCUGAAAAUGGUGGCGGGAAAACAGACGGAAGUCGGAGUCGUCGAGGCGCCGGUGUUGAAUUUUCACCAAAAACGGACGCCCAGCAUCGGUUCCCUUUUCGUCUUGGGGAGCCUUGGCCCGUUGCCUCCGUACGCGAUCUACGUCAAUAAGUCAGUUUCAGCUGAACUGAGGAAGAAAAUAUCAUCGUACUUGCUCUCCGCGAUGAAAAACGAACAUUGGACAGAACGAUUUUCUCCCUACGGAGUCAUCGGCUUUACGUCGAAUUCCUUGGACGCCUACGUGACCGACGAAGGCGCAGAGGAUGUGCCAACGACCGUUCGUUACUAUUAGAUUUGAUGAUAAUUUAUUGAUUGAAGGAUUGUAGUAGUGUUUGAUUUCAAUAUUUUACAUUGUACUUGUUGUUUUAAUCUCUUUGUUUAAUAUCACACAUUCUUGAGGUUGUCACUGUUAUAUUAAGUACAUGGUACGUUAUACAGCAAAAGACGGACCAACAUCCUCGCCCUUCUGUGCGAUCAAAUCGAAGAAAGCACAGUUAAAUUUUAAUUGACGAAUGAUAUUAAAUCGAACAUAUUCUUCAUUACGUGUACGUAUACUCGUGGCUUAAACUUGGUAU